AACAGUGGGAGCCAAGGGACCAGAGCACGAGGCGUUCAGGAACUGGCAAGGUCGGACGCGCCCACUCUUCGGCGGCCCGAGCUGGGCGCGGCGUCGACGGCAGGCAAGAGUGGGGUUGUCGCGCCGCGGGGCCGGGUUGGCAGCGUGCGGGACAUGACGUGAAGCUACAUGGCAUCGCCGUGUGCCUCCCGCCGUGUCCUCAGCUGCCCGCCGCUCUCCUGCGACUCACUGUUCACCCUCGAGUAGACGCAGCCCACCAUGGCCGCUCCCAAGACGAUCCGCUGGGGCAUUCUGGCAACGGGCGGCAUCGCCACGACAUUCACCAAGGACCUGCUGGUCGACCCUGCCACGCGCGGCGUGCGCCACCUCAAGCACACGGUCGUUGCGGCCGCGUCGUCGUCGUCGCCGGCGCGCGCACGCGACUUCCUCAAGGCCACGGGCGCGCCGGCCGACGCAAAGGCCUACGGCUCGUACCAGGAGCUGGUCGACGACGCCAAUGUCGACAUUGUCUACGUUGCAACGCCGCACUCGCAUCACUACCAGAACGCAAUGCUCGCGCUCGAGGCCGGCAAGCCCGUGCUGUGCGAAAAGGCCUUCACAGUCAACGCCGCCCAGCUGCGCGCCCUGGCCGACAAGGCGCGCGAGAAGGGGCUCUUCCUCAUGGAGGCCGUAUGGACGCGAUACUUCCCGCUGUCCGUUUACGUGCGCGACCAGAUCACCGCCGGCCGCAUCGGCCCCGUGGCGCGCGUCUUCGCCGACAACAGCAUGGCCUGCGACCCCGAGGUGCAGUGGAAGGACGGCACCAACCGCAUGGUCAACCCGGACCUGGCCGGCGGCGCUCUGCUCGAUCUCGGCAUCUACAGCCUGACCUGGGUUUUCCAGACGCUCUAUCACACCCAGCCGCCGGGUGCCCGUCAGGCCCCCAAGGUUCUCGCCGCCAUGAAGAACUACGGCCCCACAAAGGAUGCUGACGAAACGACAACUAUCGUCCUGAGCUUCCCGCGCGCCGACGAUGCCGGCGGCGAAGCACAUGCCAUCGCCACCACCUCGAUCCGCGUCGCGACUUCCCCAGCCGGGAACCAGGACGUUCCUGGAAUCCGUAUCCAGGGCCCCAACGGCGAAAUCCAAGUCUUCCCGCCUGCCUUCCGCCCGACCCGCACCCGCAUCGUCCUCAAAGACGGCACUGUGGAGGACAAGACCUGGCCGCAGCCCGGUCCCGGCGAGGGAAGCGGAUGGCACAACGGGUUCGGCGCUACCACCAAUGCCGAGGGCGAAGGGCACGGUAUGUUCUGGGAGGCAGACGAGGCAGCCGAUGCCCUCAUCAACGGUCGAAAAGAAGGCCGGUACGAAGGUCUCGACGAGAGUAUUCUCAUCAUGGACGUCAUGGAUGAGACGAGAAAGCAGGGCGGCCUCACAUAUCCCGACAAGAUCGAGACCACCAAGUACCCAACCCAGCUCUGAGCUCUAGGCAAAGAGGCAGCCCAUAGACCAAACGCAGCCCCUCAACCUGUUUAGCGUACUAUCAUCAUGUCCGUUUCCCGUGUUGCCCUGAUGCGUUUUGCCAUCUUCGUGUCAUCGCAUACACUUUGCGUUACCCGAUCCUAGAAGCUCCCGAGGUAAUGUGAUGGUCAGAACAUGGAAUUGUUGUGUCAUUUUAGGUUCUAGUAGACGAGCAAAACCAGAGCACAAAGUGCGUACGGUAGCUUCAAAACAUGGUCUG